CCAAGAAGCUGAUUGGAUAAACCUAGUACCGAUGCAAUACCAGCCGUCGAUGCAACACCAGGAGAACAUCGAGAGACAGCCUGCCGUCCAAGUCCUAACCACGUGGCUAUCCCACCUUACCUCCUAGCCACAAACCACAUUCCCAAGGGUGGCAGGCAGGCAAGGCGGCUUUAUUUUCCUUACCAUUCUGUAAAUUUCCAUUCCCGCCAUGACCAUUUUCGACCAAUCCUGUCCCGCGGCCGUAGCUCCCCCCCCGGGAUCCCCGCCGUCCCCUUGUUCUCGGUGGAAGUACAUAGUUUUCGGGGACUGCGUGUGCUCGGCGCGCGACGCCGCAUCGCUCUACUUAGGCCUUUUUAGCAUCGCGUGUUGGGCGGUCGCCGAGGUGCCGCAGGUGAUCGCCAACUGCCAGGCGUCGCGCAGCGGCGCGGAGCUGGAGGAGGUGCCUCUCGCGCUGGUGCUGACGUGGAUCGUGGGAGAUGUCUUUAAUCUCCUCGGCUGCCUCCUAGACCCUGUCACGCUUCCAACUCAGCUUUUCACUGCAAUUCUCUAUACGAGCACAACCCUGGUUCUAGUGCUGCAGCACGUGCUGUCUGCGUGCACCAGAAAGGGGAGGCGCGGCAGGAAAAACACCGCUUAUAGGAACAGCCGGCUACUAGAAGGCCCAUCAGGGGAAACAACCGCAGCUGCUGAUGACUUUGAGGAGGGUUGCGAUGCUUCUAAUGGGCUGUACCACGCGAUCAUAGAUGAGGACCCCCUCUCUCUCUCCCGGACCCUGCACCCGCUCCCUGAAGCCUCAGCAGUUGGGGGGGGGAGGAGUGAGGAGCAGCAGCCGAGGGACACGUGGCUCCAGGGGUGUGGUGGACGGCCUACUGGAAGACGGAGUGGUGAUGGCGGUGCUAGUGGUGGUGCCGGCGGUGUUGGUGCCGGUGCCUGUGCUGGUAGUGGUGGUCGCGGUAGUGGUGGUGGUGCUAAGAGCAAGUCGAUUCCGGUUGGCAUGCCGCAACGACAGACAUUUGGACAGUCCUCUGGUUCCUUCUCUGGCAGCUGGCGACGCCUCACUCUCUCCAGCUCCUUUGGGGCCAGCUUCCCCCGCAACCCCUCCUCGCCGUCCCUUAACGCUGUUCUUGCACUCGUGACCAUCUCAGCCGUUUUCGGCCUAUCCUCGCCCUCAGCCCAUCGUUCCCUGGCACCUUCUCCACCAUCGUGGGGGCACACACCAAGAGCAAUCCCCACCUUAUCCCCCUCCUCCUCUUCCUCUUACUUCUCCUCGUCUUACAUCUCCUCACAUUCCUCACAUUCCUCGCAUUCCUCGCACACUUUCGUUUUCACCGGCGCAAGGGGCAAUGGUGCAGUCAGCUCCCUUGCCUCCAAGCCAGCAUCGAGAAAGCUGCUGCAGGUGCUGGAGCCGCAGUUGAUUCUCACCACUAGCAUUUCGCCACCUGUCAACUCCUCAUUGGACCUCCCAGACCACCCUCGUCAAUCCUCAAGUCUGAAACCAACCACCGGCACUCAUCCCCAACCCACCAAACCACUAGACAUUUCUUCCAAACGUCCAUCCGAACCAACACCCGAGCCUCUCCCAAGCCAACAAAUUCCUCCCAUACCAAACCCCAUCUCUCCCCGAGAACCCAUCUUUCUUCAAGACCCUGACGAUCCUGAUUACCCCGACGACCCCGAGCAUCAUGAGGAAAUACUCCUAAAAGCAGUGGGGCAAUUCCUAGGUUGGGCCAUGACCUGCAUCUAUUUCACAGGGCGAUUACCCCCGAUAAUUCUGAAUUGUGCCCGGGGGGCGGUUGAAGGGCUGGCGCCGCCCGCUUUUGCACUGGCGGUAGCGGGGAAUCUGGCGUACCUUGGAAGUAUCCUGGUUCGGUCGCUGGAGUGGAAGCAGGUUCGGCCAAACCUGCCGUGGAUCACUGACAGUGCUUCGUGCCUGGCUAUGGACCUCUUUAUAAUGGCUCAGUACUGGCACUUCUCAUGUAGAAUCGGCCAAUUAAAUGACAGGGAGGAUGUUGAGAGCAUGAGUGCUGAUGAUCAUGAUGAUCAUGAUGAUGCCCACAUGGAUACUGCAGCUGACUCCGGGAAGCAAUAACCUCGACAUAGAGUUUUGUGGGUUUCUGUAUGUACCCCUAACAGCAGUAAUCUGGCUGCAGGAACUGAUGUUUUGAGGCACCGGUACACGUGUACCGGUCAGGCCCCUAGAUAUCAGACUUUUUACGCUGAUUCAGCCUUUUUUCAGGGAUUUCCGUGGUAGCAAGGCUUUUUGGCUGGGCUUUUUUUGUUGGUCAAUGCUGAAAAAUCAUCCUUUUUUUUUAACCAACAU